AUGAAGCUUCCCCGGUUCCUUGUGCUUUCGAUCUCAGCAGCAUCUGUCUAUGAGUAUACAUUCAUCCCUUACAUCAGUUUGGGUGAUGUACCUGACUGUAGUGAAGACAUAUUGGACCAAUUCAAAAGACAAUUGGGACUUAGUCCGGAGUACCCGCAGCAACGCCUGUUCAACCAAUUGAAAACGAUCGGGUUCCAGAAGCUGCUGGCAUUGAGCUCACCUAAAGCGAAAGCCAAGACGCACCGUCGACAAUUACUUGGUUCACCGGUAGAAAUGCUCUACACACUGGAAGACAAACAAGACGAAAACAAUACCAAUGAAUACAUAGAUCGACAAGCCGGUGACCGGGGGGGAAAUGCAACAAACACAUAUCUAGACAAUGUAGAGGCAGCCUGGUGGUGGUUUGGGGCAGGUGACAACGCCGUUACGCCCAAGACCGAGCUUCCUUCUGGAGCUUCAUUAGACGGAGUGAAGGGAUCCAUCAGUGACCUAAUUACUUCAUUGGCUCACGGCGCGAUAAUGGAGCUAGCCAAAGAACUAGUAGGGAAAGGUGCUUCUGAAAUCCAGAUCGGUAAGCUCCAUACUGAUGGUCUCCGGAUAGACGAUUUACAAACCGAUCCACUCCAAUCAGCUCUUCGAGGCCCGCAACAAUAUCGAAGACAGCUGCAAGCCUCAUUCCUUGACGGAAUGCUCGGCAAGUCCAUUGGGUGGAUAAGUGCAAACGCGCAGAGCGGCGAUAAAAUACCAACGGGUGCGGAUAUGCUGAAGUUUGCAGUGGAUGAUCUGCACUUAACUAGAUUUCUUAACAGCAUGUUUGUUGCGGCCCUUGCUGAGCAGAUUGUUGACAAGGUAACCCUCAGUCUCGGCUCGAACAUAACCGUUUCCAUGCAAUCGCCAAUGAUCAAUGUCGGAGAAGCGCUGUGCAAUAGCUGCAAUACCGCUGCAUCACUUGACCCUCAAAACGCUCGAAAUGAUGCCUGUGUGGUGGAAACCGUAUUACGAUCCGUUUUGGCCUGUGGAAAUCCCGACCGAGCGAAGACACCGGACUGUGAAGAAAUCAAGGCGAAUUACCGACGUAAAGUUGAUGAUGGUUGUGACGCUUUUGAUCAAGAUCCGGAUGCUGGAUUUAUUCUGAACUUGGAUAUCAGCAAUACCACCUACGACUCUACCCAGGGCAACAUCGAUAGGUGGCUACUGACGGCUGGAGACUAUGUGUACCAAUAUGCGCGGAGGGAUAGUAUGUGUAGUUUGGACGCAAGCACAGUUGAGUUUUUACCUGGGUGGUCUACCAUCGGAAUUACCAAGAUGGACCAGGGUUCAGUGGAAUCGGAGCCGUCAACGGUCCCUAUUCCAGUUGCUGUGUUGCUCCAACACCCGUUGAAGCGGUGCGAGUUUGCGGUUAUUGUUAGAGGAACCCAAACCAAAGUUGACUGGAUGGCCGAUUUUCAAACCGCUCAAAUUCCUCUAGAAGUGCAGGGUACACUGCUGGGAAGAGCGCAUGCCGGGUUCACAAAUUUGGCGGCCCCCACAGCAGCUUUCUUCGCAAAUAUCAUGAAUGACAAAUGUCCUGGCGCAGAUACCCGAGUAACUCUUUCUGGGCAUUCCAUGGGAGGUAGUGUUGCGCUGAUUUCCGCAUUACUGCUCACUGAGUGGAUGCCUCAGGCUUCAAUCGCAGUGGUGGGUUUCGCAUGUCCUAACGCUUUAGACGAAUACGCAGCGGAAUUACUGAAGAAAAGGGUUAUUGUUCGGACAUGGAUCAAUGCAUUUGAUGCGGUACCGAAGAUACCUUGUGCCGGAGGAGUCGGAAUGUUUCGAUGCCCAGCAGCCACGGGAUCCAGCUUCCAGCAGGACAAUCUUUGGUACCUAGGUGUUAGCGGAUCCUCUCAUCACGGAUCCUCUCAUCACGGAUCCUCCCAUCACGGAUCCUCUCAUCAUGGAUCCUCUCAUCACAUGAUCAGCGAACCUAUUCACGAUGUCUAUGCCAAGACCCCCAAUGAGAUCAUGAUAACGGUGGAAGAUAUGGGGCUGUAUAUGCCUAAAAUGACGUCGGGUCUGUUCGGAGAUAUUACGUAUAAUCUAGCUUCUGGUAAAGCGAACUUCGACAACCUACAAGUCCCUGCUCCACUAUUAUUAUCUCAGACCCAUAGUGAUGUGUACAGAUGCUGGCUUAAUGGCAACUAUUGUAAACGUGCGAUAAGAUGUUAA